AGUAUAGUUGAAAGUCUGUAGGCUGUUCAGUAGACGAAUAAUUAAAAAAAAAAUUGCUGCCAAAGAGAAUAUAAACACUACUUUUGUUGGUGCUGAAUACUUUUGUGUAGUAUGGACGUGUUUAGCAAAGAUACAUGAAAUUAUAAGGCGUUAUUAAAACACUAUUGAUAUGUGAUUAUAUCGCAAAAAGUUUAAUGAAAAACACCUUAAGAUUAAUAAAAACCUAGUGUAUGAAGUGGACUACCCUUGAUUAAGUUUAUGUGUUCACGAUUAGGAGUGUCCUACAUUUCAACACUUUUUACUCCAAUGGAAGAAAGUUGUAUAUUAGGAGCAUUUCUAUUUAAGGGUGUAGUGACUUAAUAAAAUACACGCUUGGGAUGGAAAUUUCAUCAAAUAAUUGAAGAACUCUUGUUAUGUAUACUCUAAUAGACAUAGCUUUGAGUGUCGGGGUGCUUGUCACCCUCGUCACCGUACUUUCAAUAUGUGUAUGCGGCUGCAAGAACUCUAAUCAGAAAAGUGAGUUGGUUGGAACGGCCGGUGUGGUCAAAAUACGUUUUGACGAGGAGGUACCAUCUCCGACGCCCACCACCCCUGCCUCAAUCAAGCGAACCUCUACGCAAAACAGUCAGCGAAGUUUGCCAGAGAUCCCACACCCCGUCGGCCGACACGACAGUGGCGACACAGCAUCCGAGAUAUAUGCCACAGUGAAUUUGGUUGAUGGUGCGUACUAACAUAAUAUUAAAGCA